AUGUUUUUGAAAACAAAAAUUUUAAAGGCCAUUUCAUUUAAAAAUCCGGUGAAGUUACCUUUGUCGUAUUGGAUAUUAGUUUGUAUCAGAUUUCUUUUAACACUGUUGCCACAAAGAGGAUAUAUACAUCCCGACGAGUUCUUUCAGAAUGUUGAAGUAAUAUCGGGUGAUAUAUUUGCAGUCGAUGUAGCCAGAACUUGGGAGUUCAAUCCUAAAUUUCCCGUCCGAAAUAUUUUUGUGCCUAAAAUGAUAUUAGGUCCGCCACUUCACUUAAUACGCCUAGCUAACCCUUAUACAAAGAAUUAUAUUAAUGUUGAUUUAAGAACCCCUUAUUAUUUGCUUGCCUUGCCGAGACUGUUUAUUUGUCUCCUGUCUCUUGUUAAUGAUUACUGUCUGUACAAAAUAUGUGUUAUGUACGGACAAAAUUUUAGAAAUAGACUUAAAAUUUUUGCUAGUUCUCACGUGGUGAUGGUUUAUUGCUGUAGAAGUUUUUCUAAUGCAUUUGAAAUGCUCUUCUUUUCAAUACUUCUAUUUUUUGUAUCAGAAUGCAUGUUUAAGUCAGAUAAAGUAAUAUAUCAUACUGAAUUUUUAAAUGAGAAAUAUAAGCAAGCGAAAACGGCAGUUGAAAGGGUAAAAAUUUUCAAACUAAAAAGUCAUUUACCUGAUCAUUCAUUGAAUCGUGUAUUAUUAAUAGCCACUAUUGUAGCCAUUGGUAUAUUUAAUCGCCCUACUUUUGUAGGCUUCGCGUUUCCACCUGUAUUUUUUUGGUUGCACAGAGGCUUAGGAACCACAGUUGUAGGUUUUACAGACUUCCACUGUAGAAUAUUUACAUUAGUUCUAUGUGGAAUACCCACCACUCUUUUACUGAUAUUAGUAGAUUCUGGCUAUUAUGGCUAUCUGACAAUGGCUGAUAUAGAAUCAUUAAAAAUAUCAUGGGAUAACUGGGUUGUAACUCCUUUAAACUUCCUGCGGUAUAAUUCAGACAUGAGGAAUUUGACAGAACAUGGCCUCCAUCCCCGGUGGCUUCACUUGGCUGUCAACGUACCACUUCUAUUCAAUGUAUUGGGAAUAAUGGCCGUCUUCACAAUAAUUACGCAUAUUUACAGAUUCAUCCGUGGACAGUACAGAAGAUUACCAAGAAUCCAAAGUAUAACAGGGAUGAUGCUUUUCUCGUUUAUAAUUCCCGUUGCAGUCUUAUCUCUAUUUCCGCAUCAGGAAGCUCGUUUCAUAAUUCCUGUAUUAGUGCCCCUCGUUUUCUUGUACGGUAACAAUUUGUAUGCCAACGAAAGUGAUCCUCCUAGUAAGAAAAAGUUAAAGAUAACACUUCGUUAUAUUUGGUAUACAUUGAAUAUACUCUUGACGAUGUUCUUCGGAUUUAUUCACCAAGGCGGAAUCUAUCCAUUUGCAAAUGAUCUUUAUCGGGAAAUUAAAAAUACUUAUGGAGUUCAUACUCACGUUAUAACAACGCAUAGUUACAGCAUACCAACGUUUCUGCUGCAAUUAGAAAGCACAAAUCAAAUAUAUAAAGACAAGAAAAGUGGACGGAAAUACAAGCUGGCUCCGACGACAUUUAUACAUAAAUAUGGUUCAAUGCCUAUGGACAAUCUUUUCGUAAGAAUAAACGAUAUUUUAGCUAAUGCGGAAUCGUUGCUACAUGAAUAUAAGAGACAGUAUAGGUUUUAUGUUGUAUCGCCGUGUUCUCUAGAGCACGGAAUAAAACAGGAGUCUAUCAAAUAUCCUCAUAUAAACUUGAGAGAAGAGAUUUCUUACUACCCUCAUUUUUGUUCAGAGGCUCUUCCCGCAUUUCCUCAUAGGCGUGACCAAUUCUGUUCAGAAAAUAACGUUUUAAAAGUAAAUGAAUCUCACGCUGUCGAUCUGACAAUGUAUCAAAGGAUAUCGUGUUACUAUAAAAGAUUUUGUUUAAGAGUUUAUCGAAUAAGCCCUUCAACGAACUUUGAAAUAAAUUCGUAGUUCGUACCUAUACAAUAUUAGCGUUGUAUAUACGUUAUGUAUUAAGAUUAAGAGCCUGAAUCUCAUUAAUUUUAGCCUUAUUAUAUUUUAACUCUAUAUAUUAUUAUGGUUCUAAUUCAGAAAAUAAAUAGUCGCGAUUUA